CCUAUUUAAAUAUGAGUCUAAAGCAAGUGGCACAAUUUUUUUCCAGCACCGCCGCUCUGAUUAUCUCCUUUUUUUUCUUCACUUUUUUUUAUCCAUCUGGGAUUUCUCAGAAUCACAGAAUAAAUGGUCAUGGAUAGUAGAAACUAUAAGGGGUUAUAUGAUGCAACAUCUGGAAUUCAAUUAAAGGAUGAGGAUGAUGAUAAGCCAUUUUUUCAAGAUCUGAAUCUGAUUAAUCAUCUUAGAGUUAGUGAUGCUUUAGUUGAACGAAAUCUAGAACCCGUUAAUUUCGUUCCAUCAGCUAUGGAUAACUAUCAUGAGGAUUAUGAUUUUAGUGAUGUAGUGCUUAAGUAUAUUAGCCAAAUGCUUAUGGAAGAGAAUAUUGAAGAGAAGACAUGUAUGUUUCAAGAAUCUGCAGCUCUUCAAGCUGCUGAAAGAUCGUUUUACGAAGUUAUUGGAGAGAAGUACCCUCCGUCUCCCAUUCUUGAUUUAGGUCAGGAUGGACGUUGCGGUGUGGACUCUAGUAGUAAUAAUUACUAUAGUUGUGGAAGUGAUGUUACUGAUGGCUUACUAUGCCCAAAUUGGAAUCCUGAUCUUGGUGAUACCGACUCUUCACAUACUCAACAAUUUGCGGUUGAUUCUGGGACUUCUCAGUCAUCACUCAGUUCACCAAGUAGCUCCGGAACUGUCACUGAUGCACAUGUGGAUUCGCCUGUGAACUCAAUUCAGAUUCCGGACAUAUUUAGUGAUAGUGAGUCGAUCAUGCAGUUUAAGAAAGGUGUCGAGGAAGCAAGUAAGUUCCUUCCUACAGGCAAUAGUUUGCUCCUUGAUGUAAGGUAUAAUGUAGUGGUGAAGGAGGAUAAUGAAAACGGAAAAGAUGCAGUGGAGAAUCGUGGGAAACAGAAAUCUACCGAAGGAUCGAAAGGGAAGAAAAACAUUCAUCAUGAUGAUGUUGAUGUUAUGGAAGAGAGAAGUAACAAGCAAUCUGCAGUUUUCUAUGAAUCAACUGUUCGAUCAGAUUUGUUUGAUAAAGUGUUGCUAUGCAGUGGAGGGAAAAAUGAAUCUGCUCUUCGUGAGUCCUGGCAGGUGGUAUCAAGUAAACAUGCUCCAGAGAACGUCCUUCCAAAGGGAUCUAACGGUAGGAAGUCCCGCGGAAAGAAACAGGGGGGUAAAAGAGAUGCAGUAGACUUAAGAACCAUCUUGACACUUUGUGCACAAGCUGUUGCUGCAGAUGAUCGAAGGACAGCAAAUGAGUUUCUGAAGCAGAUUAGGCAGAAUUCUUCUCCGACAGGGGAUGGGAUGCAGAGGGUGGCCCAUUAUUUCGCCAAUGGUCUUGAGGCACGGAUGGCUGGUUCUGGUACUCAGAUUUAUACCGAUUUUAUUUCGAUGCCUACAUCAGCAGCUGAUAUCUUAAAAGCUUACCAGCUAUUUCUUGCUGCCUGCCCAUUUAGAAAACUCUUUAACUUCUUCUCAAAUAAAACAAUUAUGAAUGUAGCUGAAACGGCAUCAACAGUGCAUAUCAUAGAUUUUGGUAUCAUGUAUGGCUUCCAGUGGCCCUGCUUCAUACAACGUCUCUCUCGUAGACCAGGUGGACCUCCCAAGCUCCGGAUAACUGGGAUAGACUUUCCAAAUCCUGGUUUCCGACCAGCAGAGAGGGUUGAGGAAACGGGGAGGAGGUUAGCUGAUUAUGCUGAGAGUUUCAAUGUUCCAUUUGAGUUCGUAGCUAUAGCACAGAAGUGGGAGACAAUUAAAGUGGAGGAUCUUAAGAUCCAGAAGGAUGAGGUUCUUGCAGUAAACUGCAUGUAUCGGUUCAGGAAUCUACUCGAUGAGACUGUGGUGGUAAAUAGUCCUAGGGAUAUUGUAUUGAAUCUCAUCCGGAAGUUAAAUCCUGAUGUUUACGUACAGGGGAUCGUAAACGGUGCUUAUAAUGCUCCCUUCUUUAUCACACGAUUCCGGGAGGCACUUUUUCAUUACUCGUCAGUGUUUGAUAUGCUUGAAGCUAACAUUCCCCGUGAAAUUCCUGAAAGAUUGCUUCUUGAAAAGUCAAUAUUUGGCAGGGAGGCAAUGAAUGUUGUAGCGUGUGAAGCUGCUGAGAGGAUUGAGAGACCAGAAACAUAUAAACAAUGGCAGGUCAGAAAUAUAAGGGCUGGUUUUAGGCAGCUUCCUUUGAACGAGGAGAUCUUGAGGGUGGCAAAAGAUCGUGUAAAGGCGUACCACAAGGAUUUCGUGAUUGAUGUAGACGGUAAGUGGCUACUGCAGGGAUGGAAAGGUCGUAUCAUGUAUGCAGCUUCAACCUGGAAGGGAUCUCUUUGAAUCUCUUCUCAUUACUCGUGAAGGAGCAAGUUCAUCCGCAAGGCUUGGCCUCUGCCCCUCAACAGUGAAAUCAUCUAUGGUGCUGGCCCUUCUGAAGGACAAAGACAACUUUGCAUGGACUUGAUUAUAGCAUAAAUGUAAUUGGUACAACGCAAAGGUUAUGUCAUGGCUCUGCACAAGGAUAAGCGGGAGCAGAACUUGGAAUUUGCUUCCUCAUCUUCUCCAUUGCAAUAACUCGGUAGUGUUUGUUGUCAAUGUAGCUGUUAACUGACAACAUAGCCCGGUAACAAAACCUUUUCCCCAGAACUUAUUUUUCUCGUGACAUGUGAAAAAGUGUGAGCCGAUAGGCGAUUAAAUUGAUCGUAUGGCAUGAAAGGCCUACUCCUUCAUUUGUAUUUUACAUCUGUGAUUGACUAUGCCUAAAGUUAUAGCAGUUAAAAUGAUCACUGGAGAAUUUCCAUUGGUAUCAC